AUGGUUAUCCCAGAGAAUCAAGGGGCCGGCGCCUCUGGUUCAGCCGUCACCCCGGGAGCACCAAUAGCCAGUGGUAGAAGCGAGGCCGACGUGCACAUGGCAGAUGAUCUGGAUUAUGAACCCUCAGAGGCCUCUAGCCAUGACCCUGCAGCGGCUCUGCUCGAUGCCAUCUCCCAGCCAUCGAAAAAAAGGCGCCAGUCAAUGGAUUGCAAGGCUGUUCAGCAAACUAAGAAAGCUAAGCUUGAUAAAGCCCAUCUUCCAGGCCCGGCGGCUCAGAGUCCUGUGAAGGAUCGAGCCAAGCAGCUUCCGGAACAGAUAUGGCAACAUAUCUUCACUCUUGUACCACCCAGUGACCUGGGUCGUUUGUUGGCUGUCAACAAACUAUUCCAUGCCUUUCUUAGCCCCCUUUCCACUCAUCCCCAAGAACUAGAACUUCUCUUGUCUUCUUCAUUUCCAUCUGUUCUGCUCCCAGCUCUUCCUCCAGUGCUUGUGGAUGCCGAUAUGCAUGUUAUACAUCCCCGUGUCAUACAAGCAGGGACUGUGCCGCCACACAUCCAGGUUACGAAACUCUUCUGGUCGGAGCAUGUUGAACAAAUCAAGCUGGAAUUCGAAAAUGUCAAGGCACUUGGAUCUGCUGCUGCCGAAGAGUGGAUAAAAGGUCUAGAGAUCCGAGGAAAGCAGGCUCUAGCUGAUGCCUCUCGUUGGGAAAAAUGGGCCAAUACAGGUGGGAUGGCUCAGUUUCAAGCACCAAAGACUGCUGCCAAAGCAGAAGCUCCAUUCUCAUUUACGCCUCUGGCUCUUUCAGCACCCAUUGGUAAGGCUUCAUCAGAUCCCGCUCAAUCAAUAAUGCCAUCGGAGGCUAAUCUCCGUCCCUUACACACUUCGGUUCAGCAAAAACGGACGAAGGAGGAGGCAGCUCACCUUAAGGCUCAAAGGCGGGCCGACAUUGAGAAUCGAGCCAUGCUACUUGAUCCUCCGUUGACUGCAAAUGUUCUAGCUCAUAUUCCAUCCUUCCAGGCAGCACUCCAAAUCAUCACGCCGCUUGAUGAUCACGCAUGGGAACUCUUGAAGCCCCGUCUUCUCGCUCAGAGGGUAGAAGCGGAGCUGCGAGAGAAGCAAAGUUAUAGCAACCUCCGAAAACUUGAAGACAAGCUUCCAACAAUGGAGGCUGAUGAAAAGCCCGCUAGUGAACCAAGAGAAGUUACAGACCAGGAAUGGGAUGAUAUUCAGGGGCCUGUUCGAGCGCGCAUAUCGGAAUAUGCAGACGAAAUCAUCGAAGGAUGGAACAACGGCGCCAAGGUUAAGAGAAAGAACUGUCCGCAAUAUGCCGCUGAUGUGCUGCUGUACGUUCGUAAGAGGUUCUAUGCCGAAGUCACAAAGGACACUGCUGCCACAAUCGCGGCAGGGAAGAAGCCGAUAGUCGAGCCCCCCGGGGGGCCCUGGACUCAACGGUUGACAUUAGAGAACAUGAAGUGGGUCUUUGAUGUCAAAAUCAAACCACGCACUGAGCCUAUGCGCAAGGAGUUGUUUCUUUGUAACAGCUGCCUCGGUGUGAAUGGAGUCUUGAAAUUCUUUGGGUUCGAGGGUGUACUUCAACACUAUGCAGCCAAGCACACAGUUGCUCUCAGUCUGGGAAACAUUGUCGUGCACUGGAGAGCGGAGUGGCCAGAAGUGCCUCCUUUUAGUCCUGACCCUCUCACCAAAGAGAAAGCCUAUCAUGACAACGAGCCACGGAGCGCACUCGCGUCAAAUGCCCCAAUUCAACAAAGCUAUUCUGCCUUUCAACCGGAUACACCAGCAGGAUAUCCUCUGCCUGUUUACGGCGCAGAAGCACCGCAAUUCUCGUUCUACAGUUCCAGACCUCCAAUCUUUCCUAUACCUGCAUAUGGGCAAGGUUCAGCCCAUACCCACGGCCCAUCUUACUCAACGACAACAUAUUACGACCCUGCAACAUAUUCUUCGUACCCAGGACCAUUUUCUUCGGGGAUGGCACAUAUCUCUCAAAGACAAUUGAACAGCUACACAAGACCUCAAGUUCCUAACCCUUCCGACGGUGCAUCAUAUCCCAACUACUACGAUAGCAAUAGCAUCGCCUCAGCCAACAGCAUUCGUCAACACCAACACGAAAAAUUCGUCAGGGGCACACAAUCUGUCUGGUCAAAGGUUGGGCAUCAUAAGAAGAUCCCACCUGCCGUCAGGGCUUACGUCGCCAUUUACCAUGCCAACAAAGUGUUCGAGGAGUCUGAGAGUGAGAGCCUACCGUUGUCGCUGUUCAUUGAAGCUACAUCGAAAAACAAGAAAUUACGCAGUCUGAGGGCUCUCAAUGGAGUUUCUUGCAAGGUGUGCAACGACGGCAACAUCUUCCACGUACCUCAACUCGCCAGACAUUUCGAAAUAGAGCAUGUCGAAAAGCCCCGGAGUCAAGGACGAGCACAUAUGGAUUGGCGAACAGAAAUGAUAAAAAUGCCUGAAAGCGAGCGAAUGGCUGGACUGGAAAUCAAGACUCGGGGAGACUCUGUCUUGUACACUCUUGUCAAGGAGGCUCUUCCCUGGGCAUUCGAACAAGCCUUCAUAGACAAAUAUGCUUUGAAGCCUGUGCAAACAACGCCCAAUAACAUUCCACCUCCGCAAGUGUCAGUGCAGACGCCAGCUCAGAUCUUCACGGCUGUGCCAAACAAUCGGUCAAGGGAAGAACGCCAGCAAAGUGAUGUCGGGCAUGUGAUAGAACAAGCACAGCAGUCAGGUUAUGCGGAUCUGGGAAGUCAGUCUCUGGCAUCAAGUCGACUGGAUCUGCGUUUUCCCUCACAUAUCGAGUCUGAGCCAGACAUACCACAUCUUCGUCCUGCAAGCGAGGUUUAUGGUCGAAAGAUGGUCGCGGCUAGACAGAAACAGGGGAAGCCUGGAUCCCAAGCCGCCGAUAGUGCUUCAACGUUUGGCGACUACUCACCACCGUACUUCGAAAAGCCUCAAGAUUCACGUAGCCAAAGCAACAAGGUUGACGUCGGAGUCGAGACUGGGCAGGAAGUCACCACCUAUCAUGUUUCAUAUCCCACAGGGCCGCAGAACAAGGCUCAUUGGCGCGAAGAAAAAUCAUCCGAUUACCGUGACGUCCGAGAACAGCGUUACUCAGGCCCAGAACCAGCUAGUCCUCGUAACAGAAGUGCCUCGGUUGGCGACCGGCCUCAGGACCGUCCUCCGUUAGUGGCCCUCUCGACCGCUGCAGCACCUAGCUACGCGGAGGUCGAAAGAGGGGGGCGUGAAGAACCUCAUGUGGCCCAUAACCCCCAUAUGGUUGAAGAGGAGGAGGUCAUAUACGUUGAUGAAUCCGGACGGGAGAUCGGAAGAGGUCUCAGAGCCCGAAAUACCCUUCCGCAGGAAUCCAGAUAUGGCCCGGUCAACACUGAAAGGUUUGGCGAACAUACCCGACCCUCACCCUCAUGGUCUAACGACCAUAGCCAAUUCUAUCAUAGAGAACCUAUCCCGCGGUCUCAAUAUGCACCACAAGAGCACCACUUCGAUUCUCCAUCUGGUUCUGAUCAUUUCUAUCUUAAUUGUCACAGUACUCGUCCUCCACUAGAGCUUUCAGACGCAUACAAAGUCGUUGAGACUCAUCAUCCGGACGGCAACUACUUCAUCAGGCGCCCUGUACGGCAGGCUGGUAGAUCAUACCAUGCCUAUGAGACUAGACAGCCACGACCAGAGCAGAGCAUGUUCCCUCAACGAGAGAUAGCUCAAGGCUUUUCGGGUUACAACUUGAGUUAUGAGGCAGAUCCUUAUAUUCGGAGUCGAUGUACUUUUAUGACUAAUUAUAACAACAACCCACGAUAUCCGUCUGGUGUAGCAAGGGGGACACCAGCGGACCAUGGGAGCCAGCGAUGA